CAGACACUACGUCGAGUAUGAGUCUGCAGAAUCAUGUUGGCACAUUUAAUUUAAAGCCUUGUAUUAUGGAGGAGAUUUCAGUUAAAAAGGGAUUUCAUGUCCCACCUUUGACUGGUGCCACAGCGAAAGAGAGCAAAAAGAAGAGGAAGGAGAAAAGGAAAUCAAGUAAUGGGAUCAACCAAUCAAAGGAUCGAGAGAAACUCCAGAUUAAACAGUUGACCAGUGGAGAGGUGAGUGAUGUUCUGACCAAAGGUUGUGCCAAAGCCAAAGAUCGAAAAGACGGCAAAUCCAAAAAUCCCAAGGUCGUAUCUGAAGAAGCCCCAGCUCCAACAGAGGAUGACAAAUCAGACGAAACCAACCAAGGACAGGAUAGCUUGAGGUGGGAAGGAGUUCUUGAGGAUCCUGUUGCAGAGGCACAACGGUUGGAGGUCUAUAGAGCCAACCGCCGUAAACGUUAUAUGGCAUCAAAACAGAUUUUUCUACAAAACGUUAGUUCUUCUAAAUUAAAUGCACGAAAUUAGCCUAAAGAAUGUUUUCACACUGCAUAAUGAAUCUAUUAUCAAGUGCAGAACCUACAUUUUAACAGCUUUUUUUCUAGUGUUAGUAGUUAUAUUUGUGCAGUGAUUGGUAUGUAUAUCAGGAUGACUUUCAUCACUUAGUGAUAAUCGAAUGCAUUUUUAUUAAGUCAGUUCUCCAUGCCAAUGUACCUACUGUAUAUAUGUCAAUCCAUUGGUUGAUCCAUUGUUGCCAUUUCAGUUCUGUAUUCUCUUCUGUAUUUGCAAUAAGCUAGUCAACCAUAUCGAAUGUUUCUACUGAUGCAGUCUGCACUCCAUUUAAUCAAUGCACUGAGCAUUCCUGUCAUCUCUUAGUACAAGAAGCAUGUUCAGUAUCUCAAUAGGAGCAUUACCUUUUUUCAGAUGUAAUUAUUUUUGAUCAUUAUCGUUUUUUUACGUUCAAUCAAGAUUAUGAGAUCUCAAUGUCUAAUUUUAAUUUAGGCAAUAUAGAGGUUAUAAUGUAUCUUAAUAAAGG